CAUGGAGGAGCUAGGAGGAGGAUGUUGCUUGUAAAUUAAUGGUUUGUUGUGGCUAUGUAGUGGAACUUUGCAUUGAUUAGUAACAAUCUGCACAUCAUUUUGCAAUUUGUACAGCUAUCUACAUGUAAAUGAAACGAUUCGAAGUGGGGCUGCAAAUUUAUUGAAGUAUUUGAAAAGGACAUUUGAAUCGGUGAAACAUUGUCAGCUGUUUAAGCAGGUGAAAAACCCAACAUGGAUCAAGUUCAAGACAACCUACCACAAGUUCAAAAACGUGUUUCAUCGUUGAAUAUUCAAUCUAAAUCCCAAACCAGCGUGAAUUCUGAUAAACAAACUAAACAUGACAAACCUACUACUGUGCCUUCCCCUAGUGGGGACUCUCGUGUCAGAAGCCCAAUUAAAAGACAGUUUUCCGAGAAGUAUUUACGACAUGUAUCAUUUAGUGGAGAUUCACCAGGGCGGAAGCAUUUUCAUCGAGGAAGAACUGGAUCAAUGGCGGGAGAUCUGAGUCCAGGAUCUGAACAUAUUCGACUUUCACAUGUGUUGUUGCUCUAUACUGGCGGUGCUUUGGGAUGGAAGCUAAUCCCUGGCGGUUUCAAAGUAAUGACAAAUUUAGUGCUAAAUGAGCUUAAAAAACUUCCCACAAUGCACGAUGCUGAAUAUGUGGAGAAUAUAAAAGCUAAUAUUAUGGAUGAUAUUCCUGAAGAAGAAAUUGGAGAUGACCAGAUAGUAAUGCCAGUCACAAAAUACGGUGUGCGCACCUUUGUGGACGUCAAAGAAAUGACAGCCGACAUUGUGGGACACUCCCAAGACAUGGACAUGAAGGGAUGGGUCAACAUUGCUUUGAAAAUCAAGGAAUGCUAUUCAAGCUAUGAUGGUUUUGUCAUACUUCAUGGUACAGAUACACUAUGUUACACAGCAUCAGCCUUGUCCUUCAUGUUUGAGAAUCUUGGCAAAUCUGUCAUUUUAACUGGUUCAUUAUGUCCAAUCAAUGAACACCUCACUGAUGGAAGGGACAAUAUUCUGGGUGCUUUGAUGAUCGCUGGACAUCAUGUUAUCCCUGAGGUCUCUGUGUUCUUUCAUGGAAAGUUGUAUCGAGGAAACCGAUGCUUAAAGGUGGAUUCAAGAAGUUUUGGUGCAUUUGAUUCUCCAAAUUUCCCUCCAAUUGCCAGCAUUGAGUCAGGAAUUGAUGUUGAAUGGGAUGAGAUAUUCCAGUGCAAUCUGAACAGCAAGUUUACAGUGAGAACAAAUCUUGUCCCACAUGUUGGUGUUCUCAGGCUGUUUCCUGGCAUUACCAUAGCAACGGUCAAAAAAUUCUUACAGCCACCCAUUCAAGGUGUUGUCCUGGAAACAUAUGGUUCUGGUAAUGGUCCUGAUUCACGUCAGGAUAUUUUAGAUGAACUCAAAGCUGCAUCACAAAGAGGUGUUAUAUUUGUGAAUUGUACACAGUGUCUGUAUGGCCAAGUAGUGGAUUCCUAUGCAUCAGGGAAGGUUCUACUUGAGGCUGGUGUUAUCCCUGGAGCAGACAUGACAGUCGAGGCAGCUUUAGCAAAACUGUCUUGUGUCCUUGGUCUAGAUAUUUCCUAUGAAGAAAGAAAAAGCGUCAUGCGCUCAAAYCUACGGGGUGAACUAACCCUUGAAAGUGAACACCAAGCCCAUCAGUUCUCUUUAAGAGACAAUGAACUUAUUAGGAGUGUUGCUGCUAAUCUCAAGGUUGGGUCAUGUGAGGAAGUGAGAUACAUCAAGCAGGCUUUAUUUCCUGUGCUAAUGUGUUCUGCUGCUGCCAUGGGUGAUGUCAAUGCUAUUGCAGACCUCUGUAGCCAGGCUGGUGGUAAUCCUAAUGCAGCCACAGACUAUGAUGGMCGCACUCCACUCCACAUUGCAUGUACAGAAGGACAAGUAGAAGUGGUCAAAGGUCUUCUGCUGCGAGGUGCUUCUCCUCAUGUCCAAGACAAAUAUGGCCARAGACCAAUUGACGAUGCCAUCCAAGCUGAAAACGAGGAGAUUAUUGAACUUCUCUGYGAUGUUGGAGCUCAUAUCGGUCCCAUGUCGAUGGAUUCAGCAAGACUUUUGUGUCGAUAUGCUGCCGAGGGCAAGGUUUCUAAGCUUAAAAUGUGGAAUCUUGCUGGUGCUGAUCUGAACAGUGGUGAUUAUGAUAAAAGGACACCACUUCAUGUGGCUGUCUGUAGAGAGAAUGUUGAAUCCGUCAAGUUCCUACUUUCUUGUGGUGUUGAUGUCAAUGUUGUUGAUUUGUAUGGACAGUCACCCCUUCAAAAUGCUGAGGCAGUUGGCAAURAGGACAUAAUUCAGCUUCUUCAAGAUGCUGAAGCAAAGAAAGAAUGACCUAAUAUGCAUAGAUUUUAAUAACAUGGUCAAAAAUGUAGUAAAUGUCAGAUCAAUUAUAGGGUUUGGGUUUUUGUAAACAGCUAAGCCUACUAUUGACUAUUCUUAAAAUUCCAGUACAAGCAGGAAUAGCCUGGAAUCUAUGUGUAAAUUAAUUGCUUAUUCUAUAUUGUUUUCUGUCCGAAGAACAAGGCUAUCCCUGCCUGUACCUCAAUUUUAUAGUCGAUUACAUUACUCAAUGAACAGAAAUAUGUACAAAUACGUACUGGAAGAAGUUGGACUAAAAGAAGAAGUUGGACUGCAUUAUUCAUAGCACUCUUGCAUUAGAUAUCACCUUGAUAUAAUAUUAUUUUAAAUAUAGUUUUAUUUUUGCCCAGUAUUUUAUUUUUUUACUCAUAGAAUUUUAUAAAUAAUGGUUUAUUACAUAGUUCUUAAUUUUAAUUGUAA